AUGGGAGGAAACGUUGAAGUUUUGCAGGAAUUCAGCAAUUCUGCGUCACAACUACUUCACUCACGCUCACCUCCUCCUCCUCCACCUCCUUCUCCUCCACCUCCUUCUCCUCCUCCUCCACCUCCUUCUCCUACUCCUCCUAUUCUCGCGACGAUGCGACGUACGUCCGUAUGUUGUCCGCGCCAUUCAUGCUACAACGCGCAUUAUGUGGAGAAACAAUCACAGAGUGCAGUGCAGUGUAUUCCUAUAUUAUUAUUAUUAUUAUUAUUAUUAUUAUUAUUAUUAUUAUUAUUAUUAUUAUUAUUAUUAUUAUUAUUGUUAUUAAUUGUACAUAUAUAA